AAUCUUAUUUUGUAUCCAUACGCAGCUACUACUUCUAAAUUCUUCUGUUAUUAUAGGUGAGCCAAGUUUUAUAUGUAGUAGUUGUUAACACACAAAUCAAGGCCAACCAGUGCCAGCCACAUAGUGGGUUUGGAAGAAAAAAGCAGCCUUUGUGUUUCUUCUCUGAGUGAAGUUGAGUGGCCUUCAAUGGCUUCUCUUGGGGCACUGAAAGUCUUUCUGGGUUUUCAUCUAUGGCUCUCCACACUCUCUCUUUCCCAAGGGAUCAAGUAUGUGUAUCCAUACAGGUACCCAUUUAUCAAAAGGGCUAGCUCAUUUUCUUCCCCCGCUUCAUUCUCUGCAAAUGGUGGUGAAAAUGCCUAUGACUACAUAAUUGUGGGAGGAGGCACCGCUGGCUGCCCCUUAGCCGCCACACUCUCUCAAAAUUUCAGUGUUCUACUUCUAGAGAGAGGUGGUGUCCCCUUCUCCAAUGCAAAUGUCUCAUUUCUGAGCAAUUUCCACAUUGCUUUGGCAGACACUUCACCAAGUUCUGCUUCCCAAGCCUUUGUUUCUACAGAUGGUGUCAUCAAUGCCAGAGCUAGGGUCCUUGGUGGUGGGACUUGCAUCAAUGCUGGCUUCUACACCAGAGCCAACCCAGAGUUCAUCGAGAGAGUGGGAUGGGAUGCAAAGCUAGUGAAUGAGUCCUAUCCAUGGGUGGAGAAGCAAAUAGUUCACCGGCCAAAUUUGGCUGAAUGGCAGGCUGCCUUCAAGGAGGGUCUCUUAGAGGUUGGGGUGUCACCUUACAAUGGAUUCACCUAUGAUCAUAUAUACGGGACCAAGAUUGGUGGCACCAUUUUUGACAGGUUUGGUCGCCGCCACACUGCUGCAGAGCUCCUUGCUUAUGCCAACCCCAAGAAGCUUACUGUCUUGAUUUAUGCCACCGUUCAAAAAGUUGUGUUUGAUACAAGAGGAAAACAACCAAAGGCAGUAGGGGUCAUAUUCAAAGAUGAAAAUGGACAGAAUCAUCGAGCUGUUCUUUCAGGUAACGAGCGGAGUGAAGUGAUUUUAUCUAGUGGGGCAAUCGGAACUCCUCAAAUGCUAAUGCUCAGUGGCGUUGGACCAAAAGUUGAGCUUGAAAAGCUGAACAUUUCUGUCGUACUUGACAAUGAAUUUGUCGGUAAAGGCAUGGCUGACAAUCCAAUGAACUCUGUUUUUGUCCCAUUUAAUCGUCCUAUUCAGCAAUCACUCAUACAAACUGUUGGCAUUACAAAAAUGGGUGUGUAUAUUGAAGCUAGCAGUGGAUUUGGGCAGUCCCAAGAUAGCAUUCGGUGCCACCAUGGAAUCCUGUCUGCAGAGAUUGGACAGCUUUCUACUAUUCCUCCAAAGCAAAGGUCAAAGGAAGCAAUUCAAGCUUACACCAAAAGAAAGCGAGAACUGCCACAUGAAGCAUUCAAGGGAGGCUUUAUUUUGGAGAAGAUUGCCACUCCCAUUUCGACAGGCCAGCUCAACUUGGUUAAUACCAAUGUUGAUGACAACCCUUCUGUUACCUUCAACUACUUUAGCCACCCACAUGACCUACAGCGCUGUGUUGAUGGGAUUCGUAUGGCUGCAAAGAUCAUACAAUCUGAUCACUUCACAAAGUACACAAAAUUUGACAAGCGAACUGUUGAGCAGCUGCUCAACAUUAGUGUUAAGGCCAAUAUUAACUUCAUACCCAAGCAUACCAAUGACACCAAGUCCCUAGAGCAAUUCUGCAAAGACACUGUGAUCACAAUUUGGCACUACCAUGGAGGGUGCCAUGUUGGCAAGGUGGUGGACCCUGACCACAAAGUUCUUGGCAUCCAAAGGCUCCGCAUUGUUGAUGGUUCAACAUUCAAUGAAUCUCCAGGGACUAAUCCUCAAGGCACUGUCUUGAUGAUGGGCAGGUACUUGGGAGUCAAGAUUUUGAGAGAAAGAUUAGGAAAAGCAGCAAAUGUGUAAUGAGUAGAGACCAAGUAGGCACUUCAAGAGCAGUGUUUGUUUGUAGUAGUAAGAAAGAAAUAUUAAUUUUGCAAGCACAUAAGGUAUGUAAAGGUUGGCUUGCGUGGAUGGAAAGCCAGCAUUUUAAUUUCCUUGUGGUUGUUGGUAAUAUUAGGGGUAAAAACAUUGUUUGAUAUCAGCUGUAUUUGUGUGUGAAAUGUGUGGAGUUUUAACGCUUGGUAUCAUAUAAUGGUAGAAUUAAGAUUCAAAGCUAUA